AAGAAUUGGGUCGUGGAUGCUUCUUCUUUCCUAUUAGUCCAUUUAUUUAGGUAGUUACCUAGCUAGGUCGAAGGGGAAGAUGUCGCAGCUACCUCGGUGGAAUGAUGAGGUAAACGGAAUCUAUAAUCCGCGUUUACCACCGAGACCGACAUGUUACACCAUGAAAUUACCCCGCCAUACCGGUACUACCCCACCAUCUCAUGAUGCUCUAGGUAACUUGUAGCUUAGUUAGCAGAUGUUUCUGAACUCUCCUCUCUCUUUUUUCUCCUCUCCACACACGUCACCUGUCUCGUGAACAUUCAUAUAUAGCCUGAAUACAUGAAUCAGAUCUUCCAUCCCUCCUUGAGUCCGAAAGCCCAUCCUCUAAACGUCUAGCUAACCUACACAUCCUACGAUAAUACGAGUGACAACAACAGUUGAAUACAAUCGAUUAUCAUGGCCGACGAGAUCUCCUUCCUCCCUCUCGGAGCUAUUAUCCAAUCCUUUAAAGUCGGAGGCAUCGAUAUCGUACAAGGUUUCCCAACUCAAGAACUCUACGCUUCACACAACAGCCCCCACUUCGGUGCCACCAUUGGUCGUGUUGCGAAUCGUAUCUCGGACGCCAAAGUCGAGUCCCUCAACGGAGGCAAAUCCUACAGCUUCGUUGCUAACAAUGGACCCAAUACGCUACACGGUGGAAACGUAGGUUGGGGCAAGCGUGUAUGGAAAGGACCGAACCCCGUGGGUGUACGCAAGAAUGUCCCCGGAAUCGAAGGCGAGCUCAAGGGAGGAGAGACGGUCGAGUUCACAUUGACGAGCGAAGACGGAGAUGAAGGGUUCCCCGGCGAGGUUCUUGUCAAGGUGUACUAUACGGCUGGCAAGGUUGUUGAGAACGGAAAGGAAGUCACAGUUCUUAGCCAAGAAUACGAGGCCGAACUCGUAGGGGGUGCAGAGGAGACAGUCGUCAACAUGACAAACCACUCGUACUUCAAUCUUUCGGGCGGUCCGAGUAUCGAAGGAACCGUCGUCCAACUCGCCACCAACUCAUACCUCCCUCUCAGCGAAUGGGGAAUCCCAACUUCCGGCCCGACAACAUACUCAAAAGUCGCGACAACCACCCCUUUCGCCCUCGGCGCUCAAGACCCAGACUUCGAUGACUGCUUUAUUGUCGAUCCUUCAUCGUCCCCCAGCUCUGUGCCGAUAGACACAAGAGCUCUGCCUCUCACUAAGCUCGUUUCGGCUCACCACCCUGGAAGCAAGGUCCAUUUGGAGGUUCUAAGCACAGAACCAGCCUUCCAAUUCUAUACCGGCAAGUGGAUCGACGUACCAGCCGUAGGUGGUGCGCCCGCACGCGGAUCCCGUAGUGGCUUCUGUGUGGAGCCUAGUCGAUACGUUAACGCUAUCAACGUUGACGACUGGAGGAGCCAGGUCAUCCUUAAGAAGGGCGAGAAAUACGGAGCCCGUAUCGUGUACAAAGCGUGGAAGGAGUAAUUUACGCUGUAGUAAUAGUAAUGCGUAGCUCGCGGCUGACCAAUUGAGAUCA